GAACUGAGUGAGUUUGUUAUAUAUUAUUGAGCGCGAGCGGUGAUGUCGCGGGCCGCAUGCGCAGCGGCGCUGUGGUGCGCGCUGGCCGUCGCCGCAGCCGCCUUCACCGUCGACUGCAACCACGAGUACACCGACUGCGACACUGAACUGAGUAAACUUACUGAGGAUGAGGAUGCAGCAUCAACAUUAUCACAUAGAAUUUCAUCAGUGAUAGAAGCAGCAACUCCUGAAAAUACAACUUCUACAACUACAACGACCCUAGGAACUACAACAAGGGAGCAAAUAACAACAGAAAAUAUAACAGAAACGCCUACAUUCUCUAAAUCUAAUGAUGCCACAGAAUCUAAAGUAGGACCGAAACCCAGGCUAUUAAAUGUAAAUGUCGACGACUUACAAAACUUCGCUAUUGCGAUACAUAAUCAAACCAAAGGACGAAAAGCUUUAGAGGAUCUUAGUGAUGUAAAUAUGGAUAAUGAUGAUGAGGAUGAGCCUCCGAUGUUGACAGGAAACGAUUCAAAAACUAAACACAUAACGGAUAAAUUUUAUAAUAAUCUGCAAGCGCCGUUCAAUCCAAUGAUAGCUGUUGACAAAUCUGAAGAAAUAGAAACGUGUAAAGAGAAUGAAAUUACUUAUAAGGUAGGUGAACGUAUAGAUAGAGGCUGUGAGGAGACAUGCGAAUGUUCACCUGGAGGUGUGUUUGAAUGCUCGCCGAGAUGCAAGCAGCCAUUCAUACGUCGCGGCAGGCGGCUCAACGAUCCACUGUGUUUUGAAUCACCCGUCGACGAAUGCUGUUCUAUUAUUGCUUGUGCUACAGGAAAUGGAGAAAUGAAACCGGCAGCCUUGGAGGUUUGCCGUUACGGCAAUAACUCUUACCCAGUUGGGGGAAAGUGGAAUAUCGGAUGUGAUCAGACGUGCACUUGCGAAGAACAUUCCGUCGUCACUUGCAAACCGAGAUGUAAACGUCUUCCACCAUCAGAUAAAUGUAUCAACGUGCAGGACCCACACGACGAGUGUUGUGAAGUACAAAUUUGCGACGUUUCUCAAGAUGUCCAUGAAGAGCCUAUUGAUAAUAGCACCAGUACUACGUCAACUACAACACCAAUACCAAAAGAACUGCAAGAACUAAUAAAUCCUCAAACCACAUAUCGACCAUUAGUAUUAAUAGAACCUAUAGGUUCAGUUAAAGUAUUGCAAAACAAUAGUGUUCAGAUCAAUCUAAUGCACUUGAAUAAAAGCGACGACCCCAUACAUUUACUAUUGAGUAGCGAUGGAGGAAAAUCUUACAAUGACGUAGAAUUGAAAUAUUCGAAUUUAAUUCUUAAUCUUGAAGGAGGCAAAGAUUAUGUAGUCAAAACUAAAGAAACUGGAACCAAAUUUAAUUUUACUAUAACAGCAUCUGACGUUGGUAAUGAAGUCCCAGUGGAGGAAACUUUUAAUAUGACGAAAGACGGUUGUUACCAUGACGGAGAAUUUUAUGGAGUUGGCGAUGAAUUUCAAAUUGGUUGCACAGAACUAUGUGAAUGUACUGGACCUGACACGAGAGAAUGUGCUCCUCUUAUUUGUCCGUCACAUGUUGGCUUAGAACUUGUAUCGAAAGGGUGUGUGCGGUGGGCUCCAAAUCCACCUCCUCAACCUCCAAAUUGUUGUCCGAGGACUGCACGGUGCUUGAGUGAUGGAACUUGCCAUUAUAAUGGUGUACCAAUUCAAAAUUGGAGUGAAGUCCCUUUAGAAUUAACUGGCUGUGAGCAACAUUGCUUUUGUGAGAAUGGUGAAUUAGAUUGCCAAGAGGCGUGUAAUCCGUUGCCACCGUUACCACCCCAAUCAUUAAGAUGCCCUCCUCAACAUCGACCUGCACCUGUAAAUAUAUCAGACGAUGAUUGUUGCAAACAGUGGGGUUGUUUACCCAAUGCUGGAAACAUGAAUACAUCGACUUUUCAGACCAAUCGUAUGCCGCAUAUUAAACAAAUGGUAGUCAAUUAUGUGACGCCAAUUACACCUGCAUUACCAUCAUUCAUCACGUACUUAAAUCCUACACCUGCCAUGACCACAGAGACUAAUUCCUUUAGAGAUUUCAAUUCUGUAAUGAAAACCCAUGAGAAUUUGAUUUCCAAUAACAUUUACAAUACUUCUGAACAUGAUCUAAAAAAAUCAUUUGAACAAGUAACGGGUACAAAUAUUACAGUAUUUACUCCAGGAGAUACCGAAUCUCUAUUUAAGACAAUACUUCCUGAACCUCCUAUGGUAACGAACAAUGUUGAUUGGGAAACAAAAGCAUCACAUUCUCAAGGCCCAGUUUUAUCCCAUCAUUUCGUUAAUAUUCAUAGCAAUUUAGCUCCUGAUAGGAAUCUAUAUCGUAAAAAACUAAUAAAUGAACCUGAUAGCAAACUUCAUGACUUUGCACAAGUAUUUAAAUACGAUAUAAAUAAUAAUGCAUUGAAAUCGAUUCCCCCCAAUUCCUACAAGCAAAUACAUGACAGCCCAGCCUUAAAAAAGGUUCCACUUUCUCAAUUUAACAAUUUGAAUUAUUUUCUACCUGCUAAUGACAAAAUGGCACCUAUUCAAAAACAAAUAGGAGAAAUCAAAAGUACUAAUGAAAUGCCCAUGCUAAAUUUGCCUUAUUCUGAUCUUUUACUUCAUAUGAAGACAAAUAAUGUCCUCGGAAACGUACGAGAUAAAACUCAUCCCUUUAUAAAUGAACAUCCAAACCAUAAUUCCUAUGAUUUCCAUGGAAAACGUGUGACUAUAAUGCAAAACAAAGACAUGAUGGCUGGAUUAGGAACUAAAAUUCAAUUAAGCAAGUGGAGACAAGGUCCUGACACACAUCUAAUAACUAAAAAUCUGAAUCCGUAUGAAACUGUUUUGCAUAAAGUUUCAUCUAAUCUAAAGGAAUUGCCUAUGUUUACACGUAAUACGAAGAAUAUUUCAAAGAUUCAUAGUAAAACUUACUCGUCUCUCGAUUUUGAACACCUCCUCAACAAAAUGGAAAUAGAGUCUGAAGUAAAUAGAAAUACUGGACGGUCGGUGGAUAAAAUACACAGUACAUCCGCGGCAGGUCAAAGUCAACCAGGACUUCCCGCAAAACCCCCAUCACAUGGACUGCCACCUCCUUUCCUACCAACAAUACCACCUGAGGACCGAUACCCAGAAGAAGAUAUUCCAGAUUACACCCAGAAUAAUAUCCAUAGACCUGUUAACCCACUGGUACCAUCUUUACCUGGACUUCCUCCAGGAAUACCAAUCCAGGGCUAUGGGGAUGAGAAUAAGAAACUUGCAGUACUGUCUUUGCAAGGAGAUUCCCCUACAAGUAUAAAGAUGUUAUUUGGUCUUCCGCCAGUGUUAGUUGGUCUAAGAGGCAGUGUUGACUUGAGAUAUACCGAUUCAGCAAAUGAAGAUAUAUCUCAAUGGUAUUCGCAAGUAUUUGCACCAGCAGAUGAAGUGUUGACUACACCCCGCCUUGAGUUCCAACUGACUGGAUUAAAACCGUCUACUGUGUACAAGAUCAGAGGGAAACUUUAUUUGCACAACCUGCCCGUUGAGCCUGAAAGUGAGAUUUAUACAGUUCGCACUCAAGACUUACCUACAGUGCUUCCCCCAGAAGAAAAACGAAGAAAAAUUGAUGGUAAAUUAACCGUUGUAGAUGUAAAUGACACAACAGCUCACGUAAGUUGGAGACAUUUCACUGAAGAAGAACUUCAAUUUAUUGACGGGAUACAAGUCAGAUAUCGUCCAAAAGGUACUCCAAUAUUCAGCAUGACGGAGCUGCUCCACCACGGUCGUUCAACUGCCGAUCUACAUGACCUGCAUCCUGGUACCACGUACGAAGCCUCGCUGGUAUUAAUACCACCACCGCGUGCAACCACUGAAUUGUAUGACUCUGGGAAUGUUGAGUUCAGCACUACGCCAUAUAUCGAUCCAUACAAUUGGACGGUGACGGUGGAAGUCAAGGCGGUGGGGUCAGAAGCAGUGGAGAUGACUUGGCGGGGCAUACCCGUGCCGGCCGAGCGCUGGGUGCGCGUGUACCGAGCGGCGCAUGCAUGUGGGGAGCGAAAGAGAGAGCACGACGCCUUCCGUCUCGCUGCUAGGGACUUGCCUCCUGCGAUUACGCUUACUGGACUGGACCCUGACGCAAAAUGCCGCGUGUGGUUGGAGCUUUUCCUGACUAAUGGCAAAGUGAAGACCAGCAAUGUUUUGGAUGUUCACACUAAAUCGUUAGACUCAUCCGAGCCUAUUGACAAUGUAAUAGAGGCAUCAUCAGUGGCGGGGAGCCGGGGCCCCCCCAGGGGAGACUACUACGGCGCACUGGUAGUGGUGGGGGUGGUGGCUGCACUGGCUGCGCUCACGUCUGUUCUACUAUUGCUGGUAGUGGUCCGACGACAUCGACCGCGGUCUGUGCCAAUCACGUCUGUUCCCUCAGCACCCCGAGAGUCAUCUCUGCCGCCCUACGACAACCCCGCGUACAAACUAGAACUACAACAGGAAACUAUGGAUCUCUGACAAUUAAGUUCCCGUGGGCACGCGAACGGGCUCAACGGGACCAACGAACAUGUGGGCACUCAGAAUGGCCGGCCAUACAAUGAAAUGGGUGUUUAGCAUGCGUCAUUAUAUUUAAUACCUACAAAGGAAUGUUUAUAGAUUGACUACUAAUUGUAACACCAAAAGGGUAUCGACAUACAUUAUCAAGGUCAAUUCUAAAAAUUUGUUGAAAAUCGUAAAGACUUGGUCGUAUUAGCUUGGUAUUACAAAUUUAUAAACAAGAAAACUUAAGAACCGACACCGUAUAUUAUAAAAAUUAGUUGUUUCGGAAUUUAAGGCAAAUAGAAAAAAUCAUCACUUAGGUAAUUAAACUUACUCGUUUGCGGGGAAGGUGGAACAAAUAGGGCCGUAGCAAGCGUAUCUGUCAAAUCAAUGACAUUUUGCCUCAGGGUUACAAGAGCCCACAUUAGUGUAAGUAAAAAAUUGCAAAAUAAUAACUAUAAACUCGGCUAUGCGCUGCUUCUGAAAGUGGACCUUGACUCUCAUUACGGGGUUUCCCCUAGCACUUUCGCAAAUACAAGGCCCCCUGAUAUAAUUUGAUACAAUGUAACAAGGCUUACUUUGCCAAGCUACGCCUCUUGGAAUAAAGCUACUCUUGUGUAUCCUAGGACACAUUUGACCAGAAUGAAACAAAAUAAUCAUUUAGAAUGUAUAGAAGAUAAAGUAAGUAAAACGUGUGCCUUAUUGCAUAAUAUUUUUGUAUAUAAUGUUGAUAUUAAAGAUAAGGAUAGCGUAUACUUUAAUAUAAGACUUGCACAUCCUUGUGCCCGGUAUGAAUUUUUAUGAAAUCGAUGUUAUUCUAGAUAACAUGAAGGCCGUUGUGCUAAAUAUCAUAAUAGAAAAUCAAUAUACACUCGUUUUUCUAAAUUCCUAUCAUAUUAUCAUUCCACUUUUAACGUUAAAUAGAUGGCUUAUAAAACUUAGCAGAAGUGGCAAAUUUUAGGCCAAUUUUAAUUAUAGGGCCAUCGCACAAAAAUGGCUUCAACAUAGCGGUCUGCCAGUACAGCAUUAGGAUGCAGUAAACAAAAAAAAAAUGCUACCGAAGGCGGUAGCAUUUUUGUUUUUAAAUAGGAUUCUAAUUCAUGUCCAGUAAUAAUUGUAAAAAAUACGCCUUUUAUAUACUUUGUACCAUUGUCACAAAACGACAUCUUUCUACUAUAGGUACGCUGAGAUUACAUCAAAAUUUCCAUUUAGUAUAAAAAAAUACCACUUGAAAUUCUGAUUAGAAAAAAGAAGAAAAGAACCUUCAUAUUCGAGAUAUGUGUUAACCGUAAAAUAUAAAAUCUGAUCUGUCUUUAGUAGAUAUGUUUGUUUAAUCACUGUUUUGUACCUGUACUUAUAUUUAGUAUGCUCAUCAAACGCGCAAAAGUAAACCUGCUAAAAUAGCUUGGCGACCUUUCAAAGCGUUAGCGUUUGUAGAAAGAGAAACGACGUGCCCCGUGGUUAGAGGCCGUAAUGACAAUUUCGUCGACGACUAUACUUCUGGGUAUGUGCAUAUUUACAAGUCGGUGGGUUUAGUUUCUAGAAAUAAUAACAUUACUAUGAAAUCUUAUAAUGAAUCUGAAUUAAAUAGGUACACUGUAGUUUACAGGACCUUAUAAAGUAAAACGUUUAUAUGUGGUGAUAAAAUACAAAAAUGGCCUACUAUAUAAUUAAUUAAUUACUUUAAUAUUUAAUUAAUUAUAAACAAUAAGUUACCUAGCUGGGAUACGUAAGUAAUGUAAAUUAUGUCACCCGAUAAUGCAGUUUACAUUGUUAAUUAAUAAAAUAUCGAAUGAAAUUGUUAUAAUAUUUUUAAUGAAAUAAAGUUUUAUUUAUAA